AUGGACAAAGAGAAGGCUGAGUUGUUUAAUGAAAGGAACUCAUUUAUUUAUCUCAAUAUCCACAGUGCAGCAGGAGCUAAAAAUACUGCACAAUUAGGUAGCAGAAAGCGCAGCGUGAAUUCCCAGGCUCGGCGCCGGAAGAACAAACACACAUGGUCCCUUUUGGCUCCCCUUCCCCCACUGCAGCGGGAGCUGGACCUGCAUAGCUGUGACGCUCAGCCCCGGCCACGGUGCCGGAUUGGAGUGUGGGCACCAGCCACAGGACAGGGACCCAAGUCUGGAGAGAGUGAAAGCAGCCUGGGGAAACAGGGAAGACCAAGCCAAGCGGUGCUGCAAGACCAUGGCCCCAAGGGGGUCCGCCCAUCAGAGCAAGCUGAUGCUUUAUGCUGGGUCUCGGUUUUGGGGCAUAGAGCAGAGAAAAUCGGUUGUAACCAUCCUGUCCGGAGACUAAAAGGGUUUUUAGCUUUGCUAGGAGAGCCCUAUCGUAGCCAAUGCACCAACGCAAUCCCCGCUGUAUCCAAUGUGGUAACUCACAAAGACCCGAAAGCGCUGGAAAAGGCACUGAGUCACAUAGCUACCAGUCUGGGGGACGCCAAGGAGUUUUUUAAGAAGAUGCGAGACUAUGUGGACCCAGACCAGUUUUUCCAUGUCCUUCGCAUAUAUUUGUCUGGCUGGAAAGGCAAUCCCAAGCUGUCAGAUGGUCUGCUGUAUGAGGGCGUCUGGGACACCCCCAGAAAGUUUUCAGGGGGCAGUGCAGGCCAGAACAGCAUCUUUCAGUGUCUUGAUGUCCUUCUGGGAAUAAAGCAUAAAACUGGUGAAGGAUCUCCUGCAGAAUUCCUCCAGGAAAUGAGAGAGUACAUGCCUCCGGACCACCGUGAAUUCCUCUGCUCCCUGGAGUCGGGCCCCUCAGUCGGCGAGUUUGUCAUUUCAACAGGAGAUAAAGACUUGAAGAACGCAUAUAAUGAGUGUGUGAAUGGCCUGGUCUCUGUGAGGAAAUUCCACCUCGGAAUAGUAGAUACGUAUAUUGUGAGACCUUCCAAGCAGCAGCCCAAAGAAGGUUGUAAGUCAGAAGAACCCUCAAACACGGAAAACAGAGGGACUGGGGGUACUGAUGUCAUGAAUUUCCUGAAGAGUGUGAAAGAUGCAACUGAGAAAGCCCUUCUGGGUUGAGCUUAGUGCAGCAAGGAUGCAGGUGCACAGAAAUCUGCCUAUGUCCUGUCAUAGCUCAUUAAAUCAGACCCACUGAGUAGGAACAUGAAAUAAUUUACCAGUCAUACACUGUAUAGAUUUUAAAAUAAUCUGUGCACUCCCUGUAGGAAAAUAACAAAAGUGAACUAUUUAAUAAUACUUUAAAAUGAUAAG